AUGACCAACCACGAUGAAGAGAACACCCGACCGGACGAGCAGCCCGACAUUCUGAGGCGUCCAUCCUUGCUCUCGUCGCGUACCAUGUCCGACUCGGGUCGCCGCGCCUCUCACCAACACGUGCGAUUUUCCACCGAUCUCGAGAGGCCGAACGAUGACCGCGCCAGCAAUGUCAAUCCCAAUCCCAAUCCCACUGCCAGUGCGACCACCGCUGGCAAUGCCAAUGCCACUGACAAUGUCGACAACGACCGUCGUCCUGGCUCACGAGGCCUCACUAUCGACACCAGACUUGCGCCGCCAACCGUCCAAUCGCCCGCUCGCUCGCCGACCUCCCCCCCUUUCCCCGAGUGCCAUCUCCCCGAAUGCCAACCCUCUCGCCGCUGCGACCCUCUCCCCAACUUCGCCACAGGGUACAGAAUCCUCGAGCGGUCGCUCUCGAUCGCGCAACCGUGGCUACUCGCUGCGUCGAGCCCCGAUCAAGAUGCCUCCCCCGGCAUCAGCCCGCGGGCAUCAGUUGAAAUUACGGAAGUUCCUGUGCCUGGCGCACCUCACCCGAUCGACGAGAAGAAUGAGUUGCAGGUGCUCCCUACAGCCACGAUUGAAGCGCCCACCAAGGAAGAAGUCGCCACCUCCGUAUGGUCUGAUCCCUCGGAAGGCCCACUGAAGGAAUACAUGUCUGUGGCUCAGGGCGAGUGGAAGAAGAAGAAGGCCGCUGGAGCGGUUAUCAUGACUCGCGUCGAGGCAUUCAUGACCACUUUACAAAAGUUCAUCUUGCGCAUCAAGGAUAUUCCCCCAACCAAGGACGGCCGCCACAUCGAUCUCAACCCAUCAUUAGUUGAUACCUUGGUCGAUGAGCGCACCGGAAAACCGUACAUCGCCAAUUGGAUUCGCUCGAGCCGCUACAGUUUCUGGAGUUUCUUCCCUCGACAGUUCUUUGCGCAGUUCACAAAGUUGGCCAAUUUCUAUUUCUUGGUUGUCGCCAUUUUGCAGAUGAUUCCGGGACUGAGUACGACGGGAACGUACACUACCAUUGUUCCACUUUUGAUCUUUGUUGGUAUCUCAAUGGGAAAAGAAGGAUUUGAUGACUGGCGCCGGUAUCGUCUCGACAAGGAGGAGAAUAAUCGAUACGCUUGGGUUCUUCGACCUGGUCAGCUGCCUGUCACGGAUGGUGCGUCCAUGGCCAGUGGUGCUCACGACUGGGUCGAGAUCAAGUGGCAGGAGAUCCGUGUUGGUGAUGUGAUCAAGCUCCAUCGUGACCAGCCUGUUCCUGCGGAUUUCGCCCUGCUGCAUGCUAAUGGCCCUAACGGGGUCGCCUACAUCGAGACCAUGGCCUUGGACGGCGAGACAAAUCUUAAGAAUAAGCAACCAUGCCAGCCUGUCGCCAAGGUCUGCGCCACCGUUGACGAUAUCGUCAGCAAUGCGUUACAUUUUGUCGUCGAGGACCCGAAUAUCGACCUGUACAAAUUCGACGGCCAUGUCACAGUCAAUGCCCAGCAGAAGCUGCCUCUUACCAACAAUGAAAUUGUCUACCGUGGUAGCAUUAUGCGGAAUACUGAUUGCGCAUACGGUAUGAUUAUCUAUACCGGCGAGGAGUGCAAGAUUCGCAUGAAUGCGAACAAGAACCCGCGCAUUAAGAAGCCUGCUCUGCAAGGCAAGGUCAACCGCGUGGUCGUGCUCAUUGUACUGUUGGUUCUGAUUUUGGCUGCUGCAUGCACUAUUGCCUACACCUUUUGGUCUGAUGAUGUGGAGAAGCAUUCCUGGUACCUCAGCGAUGCUAGUGUGGAAAUUGGUCCAAUCUUCACAUCAUUCCUGAUCAUGUUCAAUACCAUGAUCCCUAUCUCGCUCUACGUCAGUAUGGAGAUCGUGAAGGUCGUCCAAAUGUUUCUUUUAAAUGACAUUGACAUGUACGACCCGGAAACCAAUACACCCCUCGAAGCCCGCACUUCGACUAUCAACGAGGAGCUCGGCCAAAUGAGCUACAUUUUCUCUGACAAGACUGGUACACUGACGAACAACUCCAUGCGCUUUCGCAAGAUGAGCGUUGCGGGUACCGCCUGGUUGCACGAUCUUGACCUGCAAGAGGAGGCUGCUCGCGAAGGCGACCAGCACAAGCUCAUCCAUAAGAAGCGGAAUCUGAAAGGCAAGAAGGCUGCAAACCGCAAGUCCAACGUUUCAGACGCUCGCGUAGCUCCUCGUCCUUCUAAUAUCUCCGCCGGCCUGGAUGCCCCGCGGCCCCAUGGCCGCGCUGCCAAUUAUCGCACAGCUGAAAUGCUCGAGUACAUCCAGCGCAAGCCGUACACCGUCUUUGCUCGCAAGGCCAAGCUCUUGCUCCUGUCCAUCGCCCUCUGCCACACUUGUAUCCCCGAAGAAGAUGAGAACGGCUCCGUCACCUUCCAAGCCGCCUCUCCCGAUGAAAUGGCCCUGGUCUUGGCCGCACAGGAACUCGGCUACCUCGUUGUAGAUCGCCAGUCCAAUUCGCUUACCAUCCGCAAUCACCCCAAUGGUCCCAACGAACCCUCUGUGGACGAAACAUACGAGGUUAUGGAUGUGAUUGAAUUCUCCAGUGCACGCAAGCGCAUGUCGGUUGUUGUUCGCAUGCCUGACCAGCGCAUCUGCGUUUUCUGCAAGGGUGCCGAUACCACACUCAUGCGACUGCUCAAGAAGGCCGAUCUGGCGCAGGAGAAGGCGACUGAGAUCGAAAAUCGCGUCAGCAAGCGCAAGGCUGCCGAGGCGAACCAGAUCAUCCGCCGUAAUAGCGAGUACCAGAGUCGCAAGGAUAGCGGUGUCCGGAACAGUUUUGCGAGUCGGCCUAGCUUUGCUCGUCGCCGGUCUUCGGUCUCGGGUAAUCAUACCUCUACCCUGCGUCAAAGUAUCGAUGUUUGGCUUCGUGAUCGUGAGACGGAGGGUGGUAUUCUCAACCGUGACGAUGCUGAGUAUUACAGUCCUCGUCCUUCGGCGCAGAUGGGUAGAUUCUCGACUGCGAUUUCGGACUCUGGAAGCGAGACCAAUGGAGAAGAAGAUGAGGAUUUGGUCGAGGAGGCUCUUGUUGUGAAUGAGGCUGCCAUCUUUGAGAGAUGCUUCCAGCACUUGAAUGACUUUGCGACGGAGGGGCUGCGUACCCUGCUCUAUGGCCACCGAUUCCUCGACGAGUCGAGCUACCAAAACUGGAAGACCGCCUAUCAUGAGGCGAGCACCAGCAUUGUUGAUCGUCAGCAGAAGAUUGAGGAGGUUGGUGAGCAGAUUGAACAGGGGCUUGAGCUGACUGGCGCCACUGCUAUCGAAGACAAAUUGCAGAAAGGCGUCCCCGAAGCGAUCGAUAAGCUGCGUCGUGCUAAUAUCAAGAUGUGGAUGUUGACCGGUGACAAGCGGGAGACUGCCAUCAAUGUCGGCCACUCUUGUCGCUUGGUCAAAGACUACUCGACUUUGACUAUCCUCGACGAGGAGAAUGGCGAUGUCGACCAAACUAUCACCCGCCUUACUCAAGAUCUCAAUCGCGGCAAGGUCGCUCAUUCUGUCGUUGUUGUCGAUGGACAGACGCUGUCGACUAUUGAGGCUGACGAAACUAUGCGUGAGCGUUUCUUCGAUCUUGCCAUCAAGGUCGACUCGGUGAUUUGCUGUCGCGCCAGCCCGAAGCAGAAGGCGUUCCUGGUCAAGUCGAUUCGCCUGCAAGUCAAGGAUUCCAUCACUCUUGCGAUCGGCGAUGGUGCCAAUGAUAUCGCUAUGAUCCAAGAGGCGCACGUCGGUAUCGGCAUCACUGGCAAGGAAGGUCUCCAGGCUGCGCGUAUCUCGGACUACUCCAUCGCGCAGUUCCGCUUCCUCCUGAAACUGCUUCUCGUUCAUGGCCGCUGGAACUACAUGCGUGCCUGCAAGUAUACGCUCGGCACCUUUUGGAAGGAAAUGCUCUUCUACCUGACGCAAGCCCUGUACCAGCGAUGGAACGGAUACACUGGAACCAGUCUUUACGAGUCGUGGAGUCUGAGUAUGUUCAAUACUCUCUUCACCUCUCUCUGUGUCAUUUUCCUGGGAAUCUUUACCAAAGACCUCGCGGCCUCGACCCUCCUCGCUGUUCCAGAGCUCUACACCAAGGGCCAGCAAAAUGGCGGCUUUAACAUCCGCCUCUGGCUAGGCUGGACGUUUAUGGCUACCUGCGAAGCAAUGAUCAUCUUCUUCUGCAUGUAUGGACUCUUCGGCAUGAUCCACAUCAACCCCAGCGACAUCGACACCUUCGCCCUGGGUCUGCUCACCUUCUCUGCUUGCGUCGUUGUCAUCAACUUCAAGCUCCAACUCCUCGAAGUCCAUAACAAGACCUACUUAUCCAUAAUCAUAAUCGUUAUUUCCGUCGGUGGCUGGUUCCUGUGGAAUCUCAUCCUGUCGGAACGCUACAAACUCGAAUCUGGAAAGGGCGUCUACGAUGUACCCGAUAACUUCAUCCACCACGUCGGACACAACCUCCUCUUCUGGACCGUCCUCCUGAUCACCGUCGCCUCAGUCCUACUCUUCGAGUUAACCGUCUCCACCCUCCGCGCCUUCUUCUUCCCCACAGACGUCGACAUCUUCCAGGAAUACGAACAAGACCUCGACAUCCGGAAACGCUUCGAAGAAGCCGCCGCCUCAGAACUCCAGCAAGGCUGGGAUCGCGGAACAAAACGAUCCUCCUUCGAAAUCGCCCGCGAGAACGAAGAAAUGGACGCGAGAGAACGACAUGUUCAAGAACUACUCUCUCGUCCCCGCGUGAUGACCGGCCCCUCUUCCUCGCCUGUACAAAAACCCGCUGCGCGGGAAAUCGAGGUUGAGGGCGAAGGGGGUAGUUACUCCGAUUUGUCCGAGUCUGGUGUUGACGGUGAGCGGGAACUUGAUGCUGAUCUUGAGCGCGCUCGUCAGGUUGCUGGGCAGGUUGUACAGGCUGUUCCUGCGCCACCGCCUGCUGUCACUACGAGUAGUGGCAAUCCCGCUGUACCGUCCGCGCCGACGCCGGACACGGAGACGGAGACGGAGGGUUCCUGUGCGCCUCGACGCUCUGUUGAGAUUCAAGAGCUCUUUAGUCAGGGCUUUGGAACUAUUCGGAAGGGUCAGUUGAAGUGA